AUGAUUAUCGACGGGGAGAAGUAUGCCUGCGAGGCCUGCGUUCGGGGUCACCGUGUUAGCAAUUGCCAACACUCUGAUCGUCCCCUUCAACAUAUUAACAAGAAGGGUCGCCCCGUCUCCCAAUGUCAACAUUGUCGGUCGAUGCGCAAGUCACGCUCUGCCCACAUCAAGUGCGAUUGUGGUGAGAAGACAAGCAAAUGCGCUCACCUGCAACCUUUGGCCGAUGGCCAUAGAGAACCAGCCCUCGACACCGUCCCCGAAUCCGACUCCGACAAGGAAGCCAUCGCACCUCGGCCGAAGCCGCCCGUUCGCAGGCGGCGUGCGAAUACGGUCCAUUCUGAUGGCAUGUUGACCUUCGACGAGCACGGCCAUCACAAACCAGCACACAAGCUCAACAAGGCUUCUCAGAAGUGCGGACCUUAUCAACUCAGCCGUGUCAAUUCCUUGCAUAGCACCAGUAGCUUGGGCAGCCACUCCCCGGAGCGCAUCAGUGACAACCCUCUCAAGGAUCCCGUAUCGGGCCGCGUCGCACCUGUUCCACAGAGACUAGUCAAGUCUGAAGCUGCUUCUCCACUCAUGAGAGGUUCAUCUGGUUUCCAGCAACUCAACAACCAGCUUCCGCCCCUUGAUCUCUCUGGCAUUGAGUACCCGACAUAUGUACCCAACGCCUCUUUCGACCUGUUUGGCGGAUCAGGAAUGUCGUCGGAUCACGAUGCGCCAAUCUUCAGUGCUGGGCUGAGCGCUGCAUCCGUGGAUUGGAGCCAUAUCGAUCUCACCGACAGGACGGACAAGUUUGCUCCUUCGAGUUACAGCCAGGCUGGCGCUCAGAGCUUCAAUGGCAUUUUCGAUUUCGGUACGGGCUCCGAGCCAGCUCCCACCCUCGCCGCGACGACUUCGACGUCUGGGGAGGUCUCUGAAGUAGAGGACAACUUCAUCGCUGGCGAUAGUGACUACGACGGCUUCGGCACUGGAAGCAACAGCUUUAUUCACCCAGCGAGUUUCCUUGCUACUGGAGCAGACCUGAGCACGAUUGACUACGACAGCUUCGCCAAAUCAUCGAACAAUAAGUUCAUGGCAGCACCUUCUUCAUUUGAUGACGGCGGCCCGAUUGCUGGCGGUUCUCUCACUUUUGAAGAUGACCCGGCGUUCUGGGGUCAGCAAUUCAACGACGGCAUCGCCACAUACCAAGAGUCGCCAGAUGGCCUGCCUCAGUUUCAGCCGGAACCCUGGACAAUGCCGUAA